AUGCACGGGAGGCUGUUAGUGCUGCUGCUGCUGACCCCUGCGGUGGUCAGCCAAUCCCUCACCGCUUGCAGUUUCCUUGAGCGUGACUUCAACUGGUCAACGGCACAGACGCUGUGUCAUAGAUCAAAUGGCACGGACCUGCUCAGCCUGGACCUGGUCAGCCUGCCCGGGCUCUCUUUCUGCACUGGAGACCUGGGAAUGGUGUGGACUAGUCUGCGGAGAGACACGCUCAACGACUCAGCCUGGUUCUGGGACAAUACUAUAAUAGCAGCGGGCACAGAGGACGUCUCCUCCAGCCUGUCCUGGACCGAGGAGGGCUCAGGCGGACACUGCGCUUCUAUCAAAGACUCCACCUGGUACAGUCGGAGGUGCUCUGAGCGUCGGUUUUUUUACUGCUCCAACAACAACAGCCAGCACGAGUAUGUGGAGUUGAAUAUGUCUUGGGAAGAGGCUCGGGACUACUGCCAGAGGGACUCCCGCACCCUCAGCAGCCCCCACACUGACCUGGAGGCUCAGGACAUCGAGGGCAAGAAGGAGGGGUGGGUCGGGCUCUACAGGGUGGGGGGGGACACCUGGGCCUGGGCCGAACGACACAACCUCAGCUACACGGCGUGGGGCCCCGGUGAGCCAGUGACGUCUGACUGCGGGGCCUUCAGUGUGGAGCAGCAGAAGUGGAAGAGCUUCCCCUGUGAGCGCCCCCUGCGGGUGGCCUGUCACAACGACAAUCUAGAGGUGGUAACUGAGAGGAAGAGCUGGGAGGAGGCUCUGCAGCACUGCGCCGGGAGAGGAAAGCGUCUGGUCGUUCUGAACAACAUGCAGGACUACCAGUAUGUGAGGAAGAGGAUCUACCAAACCCAAACUGACCAGGUGUGGGUGGGUGUGCGUUUUCUGGCCGGCCGGUGGUGGUGGGUGGAUGGUUCCCCGGUGCAGGAGCAGCUGUACCCCCAGUGCCCAGAGCAGUAUGAAGCCUGUGGGACCCUCUCCAAACGGGACAACACAAUGGGACUGACACAGGACUGCUCCAGGAGACUGAACUUUGUCUGCAAUUAA